AAUAAGUCCAUCCGUGACAUUUCCUGGCUACUAAAUAUUCCACAGUCAACUGUUAGUGGGAAUAUAACAAAGUGGAAGCAACUGGGAACAACAGCAGCUCAGCCACCAAGUGGUAGGCCACGUCACAUGACAGAGCAAGGGCAGCGCAUGCCGAAGCGCACAAUGCGCAGAAGUUGCCAACUCUCUGCAGAGUCAAUAGCUAAAGACCUCCAAACUUGCGUAGAGAGCUUCAUGGAAUGGGUUUCCAUGGCCAAGCAGCUGCAUCCAAGCCUUACAUCACCAAGUGCAAUGCAAAGCGUCAGAUGCCAUGGUGUAAAGCACGCCACCACUGGACUCUAG